AUGGUGCUGCUGCUGCUGGCCGGGUCCGGGCCCGAGGGCGGCGGGGCGCGCUGCCCGUCCCCGCCGGCCCCCGCCGACCCCGAGGACGACGAGGGGUGCGAGGACGCCCGGAGCCUCGCCACGGACGACGCGUUCUACCCCCCGGGCGGCGGGGAGCGCGGCGGCGCGGGGCGCGGGGCGGCCGUCCCGGAGCCCGUCCCCGAGCCCGUCCCGGAGGCGGCGGCCGCCCUCCUGCGCGCCGCCGGCGCCAACGACGUGGAGCUGCUGCGGGCGCUCGUGCGGCGAGGGCCGCGGCCCGAGGAGGUGCGGGAGACCGACCGCAACGGCCGGACCUGCCUGCUGGUCGCCUGCUGCCACGGCUUUGUGGACGUAGUGGUGGUCUUGGCAGAGUGUCCCCACGUUGACGUCAACUGGCAGGACAGCGAGGGCAACACGGCUCUCAUCACGGCUGCGCAGGCAGGCCACGCCACCAUCACCAACUACUUGUUGAACUACUUCCCAGGUGUGGACCUGGAGAGGAGGAAUGUGUUCGGCUUCACGGCCCUCAUGAAAGCUGCCAUGCAGGGCCGGACGGAGUGCAUCCGGGCUCUGAUGCUAGCAGGGGCGGACGUGGACGCGCGGGACCCCCGGCGGGGCCUGUCGCCGCAGGAGUGGGCCGCGUUCACGGGCCGCGCCGAGGCCGCCCGCCUCAUGCAGAGGCUGCUGGAGAGGCCCUGCCCGGAGCAGCUCGGGGACAGGUACCGGCCCGAGUGGCCGCCGGCCGCCGAGGCCGCGGCGAAGCAGGCGGCCUCCAAGACGUGCCUGGAGCGGCUGCGCCGCUUCCUGCGCUCGGCGCUGGCCGCGCGCCCGCGGGGCCCCGAGGACGGCGGCGCGCUGGACCACAUGGUGCGGAUGACCACCGGCCUGCGCAGCCCCGCCGUGGCCAUCGCCUGCCAGACCGUGUGCCCCGACAGCCCCCCGCGCGUGGGGAAGAGGCGGCGGGCCGUGCCGGAGAUCCUGGCCGCCCGGGAGGCGGCGGGGGAGGCGGCGGGGGAGGCGGCGGGCGCGGGCGCGGGCUGUGCGCCUGCGCCGCCGCUCCCGGCCCCCGCGGCCGCCCCCAGGAAGCCCGGCCUGCGGCCCCUGCAGCGGCUGCGGCGGGGCAGCGUGCGGCCCGGCGUGGUGGUGCCCCGCGUCCGCGUCAGCAAGGCGCCCGCGCCCACCUUCCAGCCCGAGCGCGCGGCCGGCACCAAGGACAGCGCCCACCUGCAGAUCCCCAAGUGGCGCUACAAGGAGGCCAAGGAGGAGCGGCGCCGCGCCGAGGAGGCCGAGCGGCAGCGCCAGGCCGCGGCGCAGAGGGAGCGGCGUGCGCCGCGCUGGCGGAAAAGGACGUGA